AAGAAUACUAUAACGGAGGAGAAGGAGGUGAUUAAUGAGAAGCAUGCAAAAUUACAAGAGACUAUGGCAUUGUGGAGCUGUCCCAAGUUGAUGAGGGAGGAAGAGGCUAUGGCUCCGAAGGAGGACGGUUUGGUUGAAGUUAUGCAAAGAGCUGAGCUGCUGAUGAAAUAUUUAAGGUUCGAACGAGUUAUAAUUCUAACUCAAGUUCAGGCUGUACAUUUCUUGAUUGCAGCGGUGGAGCUGCACUUGAGUAUUCAUGAAUGGGGUAAAAGGCGUGAUGCCCAGAAGGCCAGAACCACCACCAACUCACCGGCCACGGCCAGUGAAACAACUCUUAAAGCCAGUUGA